GAAUUCUCACAGGUGGACUGAUGGAAGUGGGUCGUGACCGGGAGGAGUUUUCUCUGCGCGGAUUCGCGCGCCCUCCGCAGAUUUAGAGCUGCGCUUUGGACUGUGUUCCUCAUCUUGAUCUGUGCCUCUCACUGAUUCCACUGCGCUUGCUGCUUACACAGGCUCGUGUUCAUCUCUGCAUUCAUUUACUGAAUGCAGACAUCGUCAUGUUUAUCAGAACUUGUUUUGCCCUCUGCUUUUUGAUCACACUCCUGAAGUCUGGUUGUUGCAUGGAAAGUGAAAUUUGCUUUCCGACAGUUUUGGAUGACAAUGACGUGAAGGAUUUGGACAACGACGUGAAUAUUCUGGAGGGGAAACAUGUCAUAAAGAUACGAGCUUUUCAGCAGGAAUUGAUGAUCAAUUUAAACCAAGACUCUCAUUUUAUUGGUCCUUCUUCCAUUGACGCGUCUUGGCUGCCAAACACCAAGUCGCGCGCUGACCUGAGCCGGUGUUUUUACUCAGGAUAUGUGAACGACGACCCGUACUCAUACGCGGCUUUAAGCAUUUGCAAAGGUCUGCAUGGUGCGUUUGACUUCCAGGGAUGGGAAUAUUUUAUCAACCCUGCGCGUAAUGACACCAAAAGCGCUGAAGAAGCGCACAUCAUCCAGCGCAGAACCAGCAACAACCUAAGGAACAGUUCAGCCUCCAGGUGCGCAGUAAAAAGCGACUUAAGCCAUCAAGAAGUGCAGUCACUGAUCAAAUUUAAGAGGCUGGCAGACCACAGCAACUUGACUGAAUCAAUGCUUAAGAGGAGAGCCAAGAGGUUUGCCUCGAUUCCUCGAUAUGUGGAGACGCUCGUGGUGGCGGACGCGUCCAUGGCGCAGUUCCAUGGAGAUGACCUUAAACACUACCUGCUGACUCUGAUGUCAGUGGCUGCUCAGCUGUACAAGCACCCCAGCAUACUCAACUCCAUCAGCAUAGUAGUGGUGAAGAUUAUGAUUUUAUCCGAGGAGGAUAAAGGUCCCAAAGUGUCCUCGAAUGCAGCUCUGACGCUGAGGAACUUCUGCACUUGGCAAAAAAAGAUGAACAAGAACAACGAUAAACAUCCGGACUACUGGGACACAGCAAUUCUCUUUACAAGACAGGACCUUUGUGGAGCCUCCACCUGUGACACUCUUGGCCUGGCAGAUGUUGGCACUAUGUGUGACCCAAAAAGGAGCUGCUCUGUGAUUGAAGAUGACGGCUUGCCUUCAGCCUUCACCGCUGCUCAUGAGCUUGGGCACGUGUUCAACAUGCCACAUGACAACGUGAGGGCCUGUGAGGACGUGUUUGGGAAACUGCAGGACAACCACAUGAUGUCGCCAACUCUCGUCAAGAUGAAUCGCACAAGUCCCUGGUCGCCGUGCAGCGCCGCUAUCAUCACAGAGUUUCUGGACAGUGGACAUGGCGAGUGCUUGCUUGACCAGCCUCAGAAACAGCUAGUCCUUCCUGAUGGCUUACCUGGAGCAUCUUAUGAUCUGAACCGUCAGUGCGAGCUCGCCUUUGGAGAAGACUCUAAGCCCUGUAUCGCAAUGCAGCCAUGCAGUCGUUUGUGGUGCACGGGCACGUCCAGUAGCCACCUGGUCUGCAUGACUCGGCACUUCCCCUGGGCAGAUGGCACUGAGUGUGGUGACGGAAAAGUCUGCGAUCGAGGGGUAUGCUCUGAAAAGCCUGCCAAAAAAAUGACGGUGGAUGGCCGUUGGGGCAGCUGGAGUCUGUUCGGUUCAUGUUCACGCUCAUGUGGAGGUGGCAUCCAGCUUUCUAAAAGGGAGUGUACCAACCCAGCUCCUUCAAAUGGGGGAAAAUACUGCAGAGGCCUUCGGGUCAAAUAUCGAUCCUGCAACUUGAACAGUUGUACCGAUGCAGAGAAAACCUUUCGUGAAGAGCAGUGUGAGACCUCUGGCCGCAAUUUCAACAGUAAUCACGUCUCCCAAUCUGUGGUUUGGGUACCCAAGUACUCUGGAGUUUCCCUUGGUGACAGGUGUAAACUCGUCUGCAGAGCUAAUGGCACCGGCUACUUCUACGUGUUGGCCCCAAAGGUUAUUGAUGGGACUCCAUGCUCGCCAGAUUCCACAGGAGUUUGUGUCCAAGGCAAGUGCAUCAAAGCUGGCUGUGAUGGGAAAAUUGGAUCCAACAAGAAAUUUGAUAAGUGUGGAAUCUGUGGAGGUGACAACAAGGGCUGUAAAAAAGUGUCAGGGCUCUUCACAAAGCCUGUGCACGGAUACAACUUUGUGGUCAUGUUGCCAGAGGGUGCAGCCAACAUAGACAUUCGUCAGCGAGGCUACAAAGGAAUGAGAGGCGACGAAAACUAUUUGGCUGUGAAGAACAGUAAGGGCCGCUACCUGCUUAAUGGAAACUACGUGGUAUCUGCGGGUGAGAAAGACAUCCUAGUAAAGCACACACUUCUGCGAUACAGCGGGACAUCUGGCCUGUCAGAAACCCUACAGACAGUGAAGCCGCUAGGAGAAUCUUUAACUGUUGAGGUGCUGUGUGCUGGCAAAAUGACCCCUCCACGCAUCCGCUACUCUUUCUACCUCCCUCGUCAAACAAAAGACCACAAAACUUUGACGAAGCACCCAAGUGGCCACAACAGUGUGCUGGACCAGGAGAGCAGCAGUGUUAAAGAGAGCGGCACUCUGAAGAACUCUUACAUUGAGGAGUCUACUGCUGGUAAAUGGGUUCCUACAAGCUGGGAGAAAUGCUCGGUGACCUGUGGUGAUGGUGUCCAAAAGAGGUCGGUACAGUGUUUGGGACCAGACGGAAAGCCAGGGUUGGAUUGUGACCCUUUACAAAUACCAUCAGAAACCAAGGUUUGUGGUGACGUAUGUUCAGAGUGGCAUGUUGGGCAGUGGUCACCCUGCUCCAGAACCUGCGGGAAGGGCUUCAAAAGACGUCCGCUGCUCUGCAAAAGCCAAACUGGGAAGUUGCUCGCAAGGGAUCAUUGUACUGGCAUUCGCAAACCACAGGAGCUGGACUUCUGCAAUCUUAAACCUUGUUAGCAGCAAGAAAUAACCCUCCAAAAACUUCAUUUUAUUUUUUUACACUUUUAACAAUUUUAACAGAAUUAAACUUCAAGUUAUAACAUUUCGUCUAAAAGAUGUUUUGACUGGACUGAUCGUUUUGAAUAAAAAAGCCAAGAACAUUGAAGAAUGACAUCAGAUAUUUCUCAGUUGGCCAUUACUCAUUUAAAUCCCUCCUGUUACCAGCCAGUCCAAAAUGCCCGUUUGAAAGCAGUCUUUUUACUGUGAAAGUCUGCAUCCCAUUUCCUGUUACAGUACUUUAACUGCAGGUUUUAGAUACGAGCUGGGUCUCGCAAAUGUAACUGUUGAAGUAAACUGCUUGUGCAGGAAAUGACUCAUUUUUUAAAAUGUAAACGUACCAUAAGUGACAUUUACACAUAUUUACCUAAAUGAAUGUCAGUCUUUUAGUUUUUAAUUCUGUUUUGUUAAAUUAAUUCUGAAAGGACGGAGUUAUUAUUUGAACAGCUGAUGAUUUCAUCUAAAGCAAGCAUGUUUGGAAAAGUUAAUUUAUGACUCAGUGAUGCUGCUCACAGUGCUGCACUGCUCACUAGAAAUGUAAGCCUUGCACAAUAUCACACAUAAACAGAUCAAGCUUAGCUCUUGUCUGUCAUGUAAAACAUCUUUUCUAUACGUCUUCAUUUAUGUUAGCCUUUUGUCUUGGCAGUUCAUUGAGUACAGACACACUCAUGUUGGGUUAAAUCCCACACAGUUGGCACAUGUAUGUUAAUGUUAUUGAGCAAAAAAAAUAAUAUUUGUAUUGUCCUGGAUUUCUUGGUGUAUGAGUCCAGAACUCAGUUCAAACUGUUCAUCACAUAGAUCCAACAAAAUCAUUUAUUCCUAUAUGCACUUCUACUUCUAAAGAGGUCACAUUGAUCAAUCUAGUUACACAGUAAAUCUUGCAUUAAUUGGAUUGUUAUUCUAGAUUUUGGUUUCUGUCAGCUUUUGCACUUUAUACAGCAAGAGAGCUGUGCUGUAUACCAUGUAUACAUUUAUUCAACUAAAAGAAAUGUAAAUACUGGUCUUUUCCUGUUUUUACACACAUUUGUAAUUGUGCUUGAAUUCUGCAUAUUUAUUCCAAAAUAAAGCAAGUAUGAAACAUUCAUA